UGAGCUCAAAAUUGAAAACAAAAUAACUUGCAUUCUGCUCCCCAUAACUCCAAAUUGAAAUGAAGGAAAACUCCUCCAAUUUCACACAAGCCCAAAAUCUAUCUGAAAAUUCAUCAUACGUUGCUUCCGUCGAAACCUGUUAACUCCCUCUCGACGCCGCCGCCGCCGCCGCCGCCAGAAUACUUCGUCAAAAGCAGCGUCGAAACCCACGCUUACCCCUCCGAUGGCCUCCCCGAGUUCAGCCCGUGCCUGCCUCUCAGUUAGCGACGCGCCGCCUUACUCUGUCCGUUCAUCCAUGUCCUCUGACGGUGCGAGUCCGCCGGAAGCCGCGUCUGUGUCUACCAUCGAGAUUCAGAUUCAAACACUGCAUAUUGACAUGGAUCGAGAUUUGAUAAUUGAAAUCCUUUUGAGGUUGCCGGUGAAGUCUAUUGUACGAUUCAAGGCUGUGUGCAAGUUAUGGAGAUCUCUCAUAUCCGAUCCCCUCUUUGCAUCAUUACAUUUUCAACGUGCUGCUCCUUCACUCCUUUUCGCUGACUCUCAUGCCAUUCGAACCAUUGACUUAGAGGGACCGCUUCAAUCUCAUCGUGUUUCUCAACCAAUCAAUUGUCACUUUUUGUCUAAUUAUCAUGAUUUAUCCUUGCCUCGUAACUGUAUUUCGAUUCACGGUUCGUGUAGAGGCUUUCUGCUAAUCACCUGGAUUAGGAAUAUUGGUCGUCGGCACCCGUGGAAUGAUAGUCUCUACCUGUGGAAUCCAUCCACACAUGUCCACAAACCAAUACUUUCAUCUCCCGUUGUUGACACCAAUGUUUUUGAUCAUCUAUAUGGAUUUGGUUACCAUUCCUCGACAGAUGACUACUUGGUGGUUCGAGUGCCCGUUACGGACAGUCGCCAACCUACUCAUUUACCAGAUGUGCAGUUUUUCUCAUUGAGAGCUAAUAUGUGGAAAUAUGCCGAGGGUGUUGAUUUGCCUCCCUUGACCACUAUUUUUACUAGUACUGGGUUGCUCUUUAACGAGGCCAUUCACUGGGUGGUUACUAACUGGGUCGAUGGUGUUACGACCAUGUUUAUUAUUGCCUUUGAUUUAAUGGAAAAGAGACUCUUAGAGAUACCCAUGCCUCAUGGUCUUCUUUUCCCUUGUUUUGAAUUGUGGGUGCAUGGAAGAUUUUUAAGUCUAUCAAUUAUGCAGAGAGAUGGUACAUGUGAAAUAUGGGUUAUGAAGAAAUACAAAGUACAGACAUCUUGGACCAAGACUCUUGUUCUAUCUACGGAGAUAUAUCACUUCCCAAUAUGCUCUACAAAAGGUGGUGAUAUUGUUAUAUAUUCUGGAUCAAAAGUAAAAAAGUAUAGUGGUGAAGGAGUAGAACAAGAAGAACAACUAGAGUAUCCGAACCAUUGUGGUUUACUAGAUGCAUCAGUGCCCAUAUAUACAGAGUCAAUGCUUUCACUCCCUGAUGUUAGCGACUGAAAUCUCCACAAGAGCUUCGAUUUGUAACAGCAGUUAGUGGGUCUGGUAGCAUCAUUCACGUAUGUUGGUGAAGUGAUCAAUGAAAAAUUGGGUCAAACAGAAGCUGAAAUCCUUCAUUGAGGUCCAUGGAGAAGAAAGGAAGCCAUGGGGAGUCCAUUAGGAUCUUGACUACAAGGAGCGAAGACCCAGUUAAUUUAUAUGAAGGAUUACGAGCCCUAUGGAGGUUUUAUUUCAAUUAAUCAAUUGAUUUCAAAUUAUUGGAACAAAUGUUUUAUUUGUAAUUUAAUCUCUACAAAUAAUAGCUCGGUUAAUUUAUUUGUAAUCAGAGUUUUUUUCUACAUUCUCAUUAUAUUUUGGAUUAAUGGUAUAUUAAACUAUUUGUGUGACAA